AUGGGGUGGUACAGGAGCUUAGCGACCGAUAGCUUUCUGCAGCCAAUCAGCACAGAACUGCGCCGCGUUGCGACCAAUCCACGCCAAGCGGGGCGGGGCGCGGCUAAGCCCAAGGGCGGGAGUGGAACGUGGGCUUCCGUAGCUGCUCGGGAAGCGCGGGAAAAGAGUCUGAGAGUCGCCUGGGAGCUUCUCGUGCUUCGGGCAGCCGCAUCGGAACAACCGCCUCUGCACGAGGGGAGGCAGGCCGCCAGCAGGCCCGGGGGUGGUGGGUGCUUGCCCCGCCCAUCCAGCUUCCGCGAGGGAGGCGUGAGAGCUCCUUUCAGUAUGAAUUCUUGUGGCAAGGGAGAAGAAAGAAAGCAGACUUUAGCCAGCUCUGGCUUACCCUGUUCUUCCCAUCACCUGAGAGCAUCCCCAACAGAGCAUCAUAGUAUCGAGGAGAAAUCUGCCAGGGUCAAACGCCGCCGAACAAGACGAGAGCGCAACUAUGUCAAGUUUGGCAGAAAGGUUACCGAUAGGAUCCCAGAACAAAGGCCCAACUGCAGGACGCUACAGAAGACGCUGCCCCCUUUCUGGAGCUCCCAGUUUAACACCUGUGCUAAGUCAACUCCCAUCAGACCCAUCAAAGGCAGCUGUGUUGCCAAACCUCUGAUUAUAACGCAGAACAGACUCUGUCAGCCCUUUGGCAUGUUUAACAGGGAAGUGAAAUCAGUUAACAUAGAGAGAUUGUUGAGCCCCAGAGCUGAGCAAGAGGUCUUGGAAAUCACUCCUAUACAAAGAGACAGUGGCAUGGAGAUGCUGCUGGAAGAAGAGAUCCAGCCCUGUGACGCUGAUCAGAAAUCUGUUCCCAGUGAUCAGUUGAGUUGCAGUGGAAAGGACCCACGUGGAGUGAAUAAGGAUUCUACUUCGCUCACACAGCAGCCUGUGGCCAUUCCAGGUGCAUCCCAGCCUUUAGCUGCACCUGCGGUUGUGGAGUUCAAUCAAGAGGAUUUGGAAACUGAACCUUUUCAGGGCAAUGCCUUGAUGGAUUUGAAUGAAAAGGAAAACGUCCCUCCCAUCCCCACAGCAGAAACUGAGUCAGGCAAAGGCAAAUCUCCAGUAAGGGAAUUAGCCCAGGACCUGCAAAAACUCUUGGACCUCAAGGCAGUAUUCCCUGGGCGUAACUUAAUCAGGGAAACACGUCAGGCUGUUAUCAAUAUCCUGCUGGAACAGAAGAAAACACUCCCAGAUUUAUCUGCCUUGGCACUGCUCAAGAAGUCUGCAGGUGGUUGUAACACUGACACGGCCCAUGCAGAUUUCAAGAGCCCACCUGACAGGGACCAGAAGGAGUUGCUAUUGGAACAGAUGUCUAGCAAUGGCAGCAGAUACUCUGACCAGGAGAUUUCUCUGAAAAAGCGGAGAGGACAAGCACAAUUCUUCCCGAGUAGCUUUUCUCCCUGUCCUGUACAUACAGUUAUAAGAAUGGCAGAAGAGAAGACCACCCAAAGAGAAGACUUCAGAUCCUUUGGUGAGCCACAGGCACUUAGCCAGCACAGCUUUCACUUGACAGCAGUUCAGCCACACUCCCAUCUUUCAUCUGCACCUUCCCAGCAUGUGAAUCUAGCCAGGAGCUGCUUCGCUUCAGAGGAACAACAUCUUUUGGAUGAUGGUUUAUUCAGAACUGCUCCUUUAUUCAGAACUGCUCGGCGUUGGGAGCAAGGACUAGGGGAAGCCUUCUGUGAGGCCAGAAGCAGGCAAGAGAGAUCUGAAGUAGCCAGUAGACUACACACAAAGAAGCGUGCUUCCAAAAGGCAUUGCCUGCCUUUUGCUACCUAUGAUUCCUUGGGUUCAGUCAAUCUGAGCAUGGAUGGCAAAGGCUCCGGCCAUUACUUCUUGACUGAUCCUCAGCAACAUUCCUGUGUCUCUGAAUUAAGCCCAGAUCAAUGGAAUUUACUAGAGAUGGAGCCCGCUCCAUUCCACAGCCUGCAUCCUUCGCAGGAGCCGUGCAGUUACCAGCCUCUGGAGUUGGGGCUCAGGCCAACGGAGAGAGCUGCCUCUGAGUCUCAGACGUCAUUUGAUGUCUUAAGAAGUAUCUGGAGCCCUAAAGCGCCCAGUAAGGGAGCCAAACUCCCCGUGUCCCAAGCUCUGGGAUACCCUUGUCUGGCUCACCAGCCAACCACUUCCAGAGAGCUGAACUCAGAACAAGGGCAGCCAAAUGAGUUUCUUCAGCUGUACAGCAUCGUCCCUCAGCAGCAGUGCUCUUCCUACAGGCAAAACCCUCAGCAAGACAGAUAUAUGCUCAGCAAACACCCACCACAUGGGACUGGGUUGUUCUCUGUACUGGCACAACCCAGAGCCUUCUGCCAGAAAGUCUCUGUAGAGCAAGGGAGAACCUCAAAUAGUUACCACUUCUGCGGACUGGCAGAGGUCUCCGAAAGAAUGCAAAGAAACAGAGACAAAGGGUGCUCCAGAUCCGGGAGCCAAACUCGUGAUCUGAAGCGGCUGCUUCAGAUGGAAGAAGCCCAGCAGCAGCUGCAGUUUUUCCAGCAGCUGCCUAUGUCGUAUUUCCCCCCCUCUGAGGCUCUGGAGAACAGGAACUCCCCUGACUGCGCCUUGCAAGGCCAUCUGUUGGGACAGUCCACCCCGGAGCCCUGGGCUUUCCCCCGAAUGAAGUUGUACUGA